UGGUGUGUUUGUGUGUUUUCAGUCGGUAGCGAUCAUAGCUAACGAUAACAAGAUGCACCCACAGCUGCUGAUGUGAAGCUAGCUCCAUACCAGGCUGUCGACAUGAUCCCAUUAGCAACUUGAAACGCAAAUAUGUUGUCUGACAACCUGUCAUUGUUUCAGUGUUCAGUGAAUAGAAAACGACACCGCGGAGGAACCAGUAGCUAGAACAACAGCAAGCAUCUGUUGAUUGGAAGUAUUGGACAUCUCCUAAGCGCUGAGUAGUAUGCUGGACGUAGGGAAGUGGCCAGUGUUUGCGCUCCUUCCUCCUGAGGAACUACGGCUUAUUCGUCAGGCUUGUGUCUUUGGCAGUGCUGCAAACGAAGCCCUCUAUGUCACAGUUAAUGACGAGGUCUUUGCUCUGGGCACCAACUGCAGCGGCUGUUUAGGGCUCGGAGACCUUCAAAGCACUAUUGAGCCGCGCCGGAUUGAUGUCCUGUGUGGAAAGAAGAUUGUGUCCCUAAGCUAUGGAACAGGACCGCAUGUGGUUAUCGCUACUGCAGAUGGAGAGGUGUUUGCUUGGGGCCACAAUGGCUACAGCCAGCUGGGCAAUGGCACCACCAACCACGGACUGACCCCGGCCCUGGUUUCCACCAACCUCCUUGGCAAGAGAGUGACAGAGGUGGCCUGUGGCUCCCACCACACGAUCGCCCUCACAACUGAUGGAGAGGUGUUCGCGUGGGGUUACAACAACUCAGGCCAAGUAGGUUCAGGGUCGACUGCCAACCAGCCGACACCACGCCGGGUCAGCAGCUGUCUGCAGAACAAAGUGGUGGUUAACAUAGCCUGUGGUCAGCUCUGCUCUAUGGCUGUACUGGACAAUGGAGAGAUCUAUGGUUGGGGCUACAAUUGCAAUGGACAGCUAGGUUUGGGCAACAAUGGAAAUCAGCAGACCCCGUGCAGGAUCGCUGCUCUCCAAGGUGUCAACAUCGUCCAGGUCGCCUGUGGAUAUGCACAUACGUUAGCACUUACAGAUGAGGGGAUGGUUUACGCCUGGGGAGCCAACUCGUACGGGCAGCUGGGAACAGGCAAUAAGAGUAACCAAGCUCUCCCCACCCUAAUAAACACAGACAAGGAGAGGAUGGUGGAAGUGGCUGCGUGUCACACCAGCCACACGUCAGCUGCCAAGACCCAGAGCGGCCAGGUUCUGAUGUGGGGUCAGUGUCGAGGUCAGGCUGUGGCCAGCCCCCACCUCACCCAUUUCAGCGGCACAGACGACGUGUUUGCGUGCUUCGCCACACCAGCAGUCACGUGGCACCUCCUCUCAGUAGAUGGCGAUGACUACCUGACCGUUGCCCAGUCUUUGAAGAAGGAGUUUGACAGCCCGGAGAUUUCAGACCUGAAGUUCUUGGUUGAUGGGAAGUGUAUCCAUGUUCACAAAGCCCUGCUGAAAAUCAGAUGUGAGCAUUUCCGUGCACUGCUCAAUGAAACAGAUGAGGAUACCAUAGAAAUCCACCAGUUCCCACACCUGGUGUACCGAGCCUUUCUGGAGUACCUCUACACAGACUCUAUUAACCUGCCACCAGAGGAUGCUGUUGGGCUGCUAGACCUGGCCACGUUCUACCGGGAGACGAGGCUGAAGAGGCUGUGCCAGGAAACAAUCAAGAGAGGCAUUUCCGAGGACAACGCCAUCACUCUGCUCUCUGCCGCUGUCAAGUAUGAGGCGCGGGACCUGGAGGAGUUCUGCUUCAAGUUUUGCGUCAACCACCUAACGGCUGUCACGCAGACCCAGGCCUUUGCAGACAUGGACCACGACCUGCUCAAGAACUUCAUUAGCAAAGCCAGCCGCUACGGGGCCUUCAAAAACUGACUAGAGUGCCCCCAGUAGUGACGGAUUCAACACGACGAGGUCUCAGCUCACUGAGAGUCGACCCUAGACCAAAGUAAACACCAGGCUGAUCAGCACUUCAAAGCCUUGUCGCCGGGGAUGUUAACACCGGAGAGGCAAACGGUUUCAGGUUUCACCGUCAGACCGCUGCUUCUGUGUUGCUGCCCUAAACCUAGCCCACACACACACACACACACACACACACACACACACACACACACACACACACACACACACACACACUAGUUUCUCGGGGCGUAAAUAUUGGGUUACCUCACUCGGGGUCAGUCACAAGCAGACAGUGCAGAGGAUGAAUAGAAAGAUGUUCCACAGUGAUCGUCUUUGUGUUGCUGACAAUAAGCCUCAGGUAUCUGGUUUGUUUGAUUAAGCUAGUCAUCAGACAGACGGGGUGCCUCACAGUGACAAGCAGCUCAGACAGGAUGCCUGGAAAUGCAGUAUGCUAAACUUAAUUCAUUGCAGUAUAAGCGUUGAGGUGUAAGUACUUUUUUUUUUAUAACACUGCCCUUUUAUCAGUUAGUAAAACAAAAUAUCAAUGCGUAUAUCGUACUAUAGCCAUGAACUGACACUUCACAUUGUGCUGCUUUUUAUGAAGCCUUGAUUCUCAAACUUCCUGGAUUGAGAAGUCAUAUUUAAUGAGGAAAACACAAGCCGUUCUUCUGUUUUUAGAAAACGGCAACAUAUGUUUGACCCCCUUUUUUUCUGAACAACUAUAGUUUGUAUCUGAUCAGUGAUAAUAUCCGUUCUCUUGCAUAUAACAAUGUUAAAUUUUGCCACUUUGUUUUAUAUCGUAGUUAUUCACCUUUGCCAUCCAAACUUGUGGUUCAAUGUUUUUACAGACUAACAUUUGCACUGUUUAGCUGUAGGCAGUUACGUUGGCCGCUGACAUAAAAAGGUGCAGUCAGUUCUGAGAGAUCAGGACAUCCUGCUGCAUGUUUACUUGUGUUCAGAUUAACCCUCCGUGUGCAGCCGGAAACGCUGUCUGACUUACACAAAGCAUAUCGGUUCCUGUGUAGCCUGUCGGUGAUGUUACACUGUAGGUGCAGCUCAUGUUACAGUUUUGUUUCAUUGCAAUUUGCUAUGUUUACAAAAAGUUUUAUUUUUUUUAAUUAUUUGUAUGUCGGCAGCAAACUUCUGGAUGUUUUUACAAGUCUUUCUUUAUAUCUCGCCCCCCCUCCUGGUAGCACCUUGUGGUAAUGAAAUAGUGCUGGCUUUGUGUAGUUGCCAACUUACUGUGUUGAAAUUAGCCUCACAUAUAGGACCACAAGGUCUUAAAAUGUAGUUACCAGAUAAUUCCACAUUAAAUGUCUAGAUCCGAGCAAAAAUACUUUUACUUUAACAAGCCAAUUAUUGUAUUUUUUUGGAACAUUUUGAUAAUUACUAAAAAAAUGCCUGUGUGUUUUCAUUUUGUAUGGGAAAUGCUGUAAACUGCUGACACCAGAAUUAAUGGUAACAUUUGAUAAUCUAAAAUGUAUUAAAAGGAGUAACUACAUGA